UACAGUAGGAAAUAUUUUGUUUCCUUGCCUUAUCAAAGUCACGAGAUCAUAAUUACGUAAUCCUUCCUGCCCAAACCAAUUCCUCAGCUGCCUGUUUGGUGUGGUAUGAGCAUUUGUAGGUGAUGAGUGAGUGAGAGGGAAAAGGGAAACUUGCAUGGCGCAAUAUUACUUAAACCACUGGAUAUGUUGAACUUUUUUUUUUUUUACCCCAGGUGCUUGUAGGAAUGUUGCGAGGCAAUGAGGAGUUCGUGUACUGGUGUGUAAAUUAUAGAAAUGCUUCCACUGAUAUGUGAGUGUGAAGGAUGCGUGUACUGGUGUGUGAGGUAAUUAGGAACACGUGUUGUGGUGUGUGAGUGAUAGGAAUGCUUCUACUGAGAUAUGAGUGACAGGAACACGUACUGAGGUAUGAAACAAUUAAAGGAAAACAAAGUAGGAAGGAAACAGGACAAGGUAAAAAGAAAAAAAAAAAGGGACAUUUUUUCACUUACACAGUCACCACCAUAUGACCUAAAACUCCACCUGCUGCCUUGCUGGAUAGGUGUGUCAGUGGUGGUAGGUGUCAGUGUGAGUGUGAGGUGCUUCAGUGAUGAUAGAGAGAGAGAGAGAGAGAGAGAGAGAGAGAGAGAGAGAGAGAGAGAGAGAGAGGAGGGCGAUAGUAGGAGAGAUAAGCUAUCUGAAUAGCUGUGGGUCAUUAUCUUUACCAUUAUCUAGUUCACCAGCAUGAGAUGAGUGCCACACACUACACUGCUUCCUGCCUGUACCAGCUUAGCUCCUCACUUCUUCCUAGAGUGAUUGGAUGUAUUUGGGUGACUGUUUAGCUGUGGUGGACAGUGUGUGUGUGUGUGGGUGGGUGGACUGGGUAUGUUGGUGAUUGUGUGUUUGGGUGUGAAUAUUCAGAGUAAGCAUAGGUGUACUGGUUUGAAUGUAGUGGAGUGGUAGGACAAGACUAGGAUGUUGAUUAGUUAGUUCAGAUGAGAGGUGUGUGAGUGUAGUAACUAAUAUCCUGGAAUACUUGAGUGUGAAGCAGUGUUUUAUACAGAGAGUAUAGGAACUGGUAAAUCUACAAAAAAAGAAUAAAUAAAAUAAUAUUCUGGAGUGGUGUAUAAGAAUGGCAAUUAAUGUUAUGGGUGUAUGUAUGGCAGUUAAUGUUAGGAAUGUGUGUAUGGCAGUGUAGUGUAGCAUUAAAGAGCAGGCCAAUUAGGUUAGGUUAGCUUAGUUGUGGGGUGAAUUCAUCAGGAUGGGACUGGGAAGGAAAAGCGUAGUGGCAGCCACUCUGAUCUGUGCAGGAUUGCUGUUCAAGUUGCUGUUCAGCAGUGGUUUCGGGAUCAUUGAUGUCAGACAAGCCAUGGCGCUCCCAGCCACACCAGUCACGGAGGUCGUCGCCUAUAAGCAGGACCUGUACAUUGGCCUGGGCAUGUCCAUCUCCUCAUCUGUGUUCAUAGGAGGCAGCUUCAUCCUCAAGAAGAAGUCACUGCUGGCCCUUGGGAAAUCUGGCGGGGUGCGGGCAGGAGCAGGAGGGUUUGGCUACCUAAGGCACUGGUUAUGGUGGGCGGGUCUCCUCUCCAUGGGCUUUGGGGAAGCACUCAAUUUUGUCGCCUAUGCAUUCGCCCCCGCCACGCUGGUCACACCCCUGGGAGCUUUGUCUGUCAUUGUCACCGCGCUCUUCUCUCAGUACUUUCUUGGCGAGGCGCUUAAUGUAUUAGGCAAGAUUGGGUGUUCCCUGUGCCUGCUGGGGGCAACAGUGGUGGUGAUACAUGCUCCAAAGGAAGCAGAGGUCACCAGCAUGGAGGAACUGGCCAACAAACUGGUGGAUCCUGUGUUCCUGGUGUAUGUGGCGGUGGUGGUGGCGGCUGCCCUGCUGCUCAUCCUACACUUUGGGCCACGGCAAGGCUCCAGGAAUGUCACCAUCUACAUCGCCAUCUGUUCCCUCAUUGGUGGCUUCUCUGUGUUGGGAUGCAAGGCAAUUGGUCUGGCUGUCAAGGAAACCAUAAACGGCAGCAACGAAUUCCGGAACUGGAUCACGUGGCUGGCCGUGUUCAGCCUGAUAGUGUGUGUCAGCACCCAGAUGAACUACUUGAACAAGGCGCUGGAUAUCUUCAACACCUCACUCGUCACCCCAGUCUACUACGUGUUCUUCACGGCCUGCGUCAUCCUCUCCUCAGCGAUGCUUUUCAAGGAGUGGAAGGGGCUGCCUGCCACUGAUGUCAUUGGCGUGUUAUCAGGGUUCUUCACUGUGGUCAUUGGCAUCUUCAUUCUUCAUGCCUUCAAGUGA